CAUUUUCUCUCGCAGUUGUAUGAGUCUUAUGUUUUGCAUGGGCGCGGCAACACUUCAAAAGGUUCUACGGUAUUGUGUUCCUUUCCUUGAGGAAACUCCCGUGACAAAGUUCAAACGGGUUCUCGUUAUUUUAACAACCUAAAGGCUUUAGAAGAAAUCCAUGGAGGCUAUCGCUAAAUUCGAUUUCGAAGCCACAGCGCAAGAUGAACUCAGUUUUAAACGUGGAAACGUACUGAAGGUUUUAAAUGUCAAUUGUGACAACAACUGGUACGUGGCUGAACUAAAUGGAAAAGAAGGCCUUGUUCCCAAAAAUUACAUCGAGCUGAAACCACACAGUUGGUUCCACGGGAGAAUUACGAGGGCCAAGGCGGAGGAGAUACUCUCCAAGCAAAGAUUUGACGGGGCCUUCCUCAUCCGAGACAGCGAGAGCACUGCAGGAGAUUUCUCCAUUUCUGUCAGGUCGGGUAAUGAUGUCCAGCACUUUAAAGUCCUCCGUGACGGUGCCGGGAAGUAUUUCUUGUGGGUGGUGAAGUUUAACUCUCUCAACGAACUGGUGGAGUAUCACCGCACCUCCUCCGUGUCCCGUAGUCAAGUCAUUUACCUCAAGGACAUGAAGGCCGUCGCUGAGACAGAGGUGUACGUUCAAGCGCUGUUUGACUUCGACCCCAAGGAGCCCGGGGAGCUGGGUUUCCGGCGCGGUGACAUCAUCAAAGUCACGGAGAACACCGAUGCCAACUGGUGGACAGGCAUGUGCCACGGCCAGGUGGGCACCUUCCCUCGUAACUACGUCACGCCAUACAACCACAACACCUAAUGGCUGAUCCGCCUAGCGAUGACGCCGCAAGAAACGAGAGACUGGAACGACGGGAUGAAAAGAGGAGAGGGAUGCUCACAGAAACUGAGGGGACUUCGUGCACAGUUUUUUGGAGGGGGGUCUCUUGACAGCUGGGUGGAUUGGUUUAAAGUCAGUGAGGUGGCUGGAUGAAGGCUUGGCGAUUGCAGGCGUUGGCGCCCUUUUUCUCACGAUGCUACUUGGACCCCCUUCUUCUCUGUUGCAGUUUUUUUUUUACUGUCGCUUCGAAAUCAAAAAGGCAUUUGAAAAGACGUUCUGACAAGGCCGAGUUCCAACAGUCCUUCAGUGUCAAUGACUAAAGAUUGGCAUGGUGUUAUUAAUGAUCUUGUUCUGGGAUGUCUGAAUUCAUUAUAUUGAGCUUCAUGUUUUUCUAUUAAUAUGUUGAUGACAGCCUUGUUUUGUUGGAAGUGGUUUUGCCUGUUUUUGUCCUUUGUGUUAAUGUUGUUUUAUUGGCUAUGGGACCAGUUGUUUCAUGGGAAAUGCUGUUUUUCAGUACUAUUUUAGGAGCACCACUGAUUAAAUGAAUAGCAUCUCUAAGCUUGUGUCUGCAAUACUGCUCCUGAACACUGAUUGCACAUUCAUUUUACAUGGGGACUAAUUGUCUUCCAAAUUUAAGAAAACAAGAUCUACUAAUAUCGUUUUUUUCAUUUACUUUAAAAGAUACUGUAAACUUGUUUUAAUUACAAUAUUGUUAUAACUUUUCACAGUUGUAUCUUUCUCGUGGAAUGUCAUAUUUCACAGAUGCAGUUCUGCAUAUGAAAAGUUAUUGGUUUGCAUGAAAUCUAUCUUUUACAUUAUCAAUGGUGGCCAGCUCUUUUGGUGAACUGUACAUAUUGCUGAUUUUAGCUUUGAGGCAAAAUCUUCUUAAUUAUGUCAUAUUUAUUCAAAUGAUUUUGGAUCAUGAAAGUAGUGAUCUUGCUGCAAAAUGAAACACAUGCUGGGUGUGAGAAGGUUCUUUCAGAAUUUGUUUUACUACACUUUCAACUUUUUACUACAGUGAGGAAUACUGUUGGUCAUGUGCUUACAGGGAAUCUUUAAUCUUUUCGGGUGCGAAACUGGAAACCACAAAUGGUACCUUAAAUAUUCUGACCUGGAGGAUGGCAUUAAAUAUCACCAGAAAAAGACAUAUCUCAUGUCCAGGCUUUCUGGAGACUUAAGUAAGGAUUGAUGAUAAAUCAUCUCACCGCCACAGCCUUUUCUGUCCUGUUUACAAAAUGGGGUCAAAUGAAUGAUAAAAAAAAAAGUUGUAAAGUCAACUUUAAAAUGUUUCACCAUCCCAGAUGCACUUCAGUAUGUUGAAUAUGGAAUCAGUCUUAAGGGCUUCAAGACACGAGGACAUGGUCCAAGGACUGUUGUUCAAAGUUUCGUUGUGUGAAGAGGUGAAAACAAUGGAAUCAGUCUUAAGGGCUUCCUUUUCAAGACACGAGGACAUGGUCCAAGGACUGUUGUUCAAUGUUUCGUUGUGUGAAGAGGUGAAAACAAAAAUAAUAUAUACUAUAUAUUAAAAUAAGAAAAUAACGACAAAUUAUUUUACACGUUGACAGAGGGUUUCAAACAAGCCCCCAUCCUUUGCCUUUCAUCAUCUAUUUUUGUUCAACCAUACAUGGAACGUACGGUUGAGAACGUUUUGAAGAACGUUGGAAGUUCUUCAAAAUGAGAGUGAUAGAGUGCAAUGUCCAUGACUGAUUUUUGGAUCAACAUUAAGACUUAAAAUGAAUCAUAGGAACCUAAUAGGCCUAUGCCUUUUGUAAGGAUGCCUUCACUUUAUUAGACACAAAGAACAAUUUUAACUGGACACAAAACUCUGCUCGGAUGAAAAGUGGAGAGUUUGGGAUUUUUUUAACUGGGUUUAACUUUAACUUUGGUUUGUUGCCUUUUCCCCUUCCUCUCAUAAUUAUAUUAAUCUAACGUAAUGAUAUCAUUACUGUGUGGCAACCGACACCCCAAGACAGUGUAAUUCUUGUUUACAUUUUGCUGGAGUCUUUACUGAUAUGGUGUAUGUACAGCCUAUGUGCAUUGGUGUUCAGAGGGUCAUGGGAGCAACUGCUUUCCAUGUCUGUCACAAUUUAUGAUUUGCUUUGAAGUUGACACAGCAUGUAGAUGAAUGAAAUAAAGUACCACAAUCAUAUUUAG